AUGAAAUGGAAGAAUUCCAAUAGCCAAACCAAAAGAUUACCUCCAAGUCCAUGGAAAUUACCUCUACUUGGAAGCAUGUUUCAUUUAUUAGGUGGAAUUCUGCAUCAUGUCCUUAGAGAUUUAUCCAAAAACUAUGGACCACUUAUGCAUCUUCAAUUAGGUGAAGUUUCUCUAGUUGUUGUUACUUUUCCUGACGUGGCCAAACAAGUACUAAAAACUCAUGAUCUUGCUUUUGCAUCCAGGCCUAAAGAUUUGGCUGUGCAGAUUCUCUUUUAUAACGGGACUAAUAUUGUCUUUUCCCCUUAUGGCAAUUACUGGAGACAAAUGUGUAAAAUUUGUCUCUUGGAGUUGCUUAGUGCCAAAAAUGUUAAGUCAUUCAGCUCUAUUAGACGAGAUAAAGUUCUCUAUAUGGUUGAAUUUUUUCGUUCAUCUUCUAGUGAGCUAGUAAAUACAACAAAAAGGAUUUAUCAAUUUGCAAGUUCUAUGACAUGUAGAUCAACAUUCAGAAAAGUACACAAGGAGGAGGACAAAUUUAUACUACUGGUGAGACAAGCAUCACACUUGCUAGAAGGAUUUAAUGUGGCUGAUGUAUUUCCAUCACUAAAAUUUCUUCAUGUUCUGUGUGGAAUGAAGGGUAAAAUUAUGAAUGUCCACCAUGAGUUAGAUGCCAUUUUAGAAAACAUCGUCAAUGAGCACAAGAACAAUGGUGAAUUAGGAGGUGAAGGUUUAUUUGCUGCACUGCUAAGAUUAAAGAAAGAGGGAGGCCUUCAAUUUCCAGUCACCAAUGACAACAUCAAAGCUAUUGUUUAUGACAUGUUUGCUGCUGGAACAGACACUUCAUCAACAACAAUUGAUUGGGCCACGGUAGAAAUGAUAAAGAAUCCAAGUGUACUAGCGAACUCUCAAGCAGAGGUAAGAAACGCCUUCAGAGAAAAAGAAACUUUUGAUGAAAAUGAUGUUGAGGAGUUGAAAUAUCUAAAGUUGGUCAUUAAAGAAACUUUUAGGCUCCAUCCUCUAUUUCCCCUUUUGCUCCCAAGAGAAUGUAGGGAAGAAGUAGACAUAAGCGACUACACUAUUCCUUUGAAAACAAAAGUUAUGGUUAAUGUAUGGGCUAUUGGAAGAGAUCCAAAAUAUUGGAAUGAUGCAGAAAGCUUUAAACCUGAAAGAUUUGAGCACAACUAUGUGGAUUUUAUAGGUAAUAACUUUGAAUAUCUUCCCUUCGGUAGUGGAAGGAGGGUUUUCCCUGGGAUAUCAUUUGCUUUAGCUAAUAUUUACUUUCCACUUGCUCAAUUGUUGUAUCAAUUCGAUUGGUAA